AUGAUAAAUACAUUUAUAAAAAAGGUGGAAAAGUCAACCGAAGGCAGAGUACAGGUGAAACAGACAUCCCACCAGGAGCGAAUCAUAGACACACGAGCCGAUGAAGAGACCCAUUAUUCCCCCGGGCAUGGCGAUUCUACAAACGAGAAGCAAUAUCAUUGGGUAACUCGUAUGGAAGAGUUCCGCGAUGCGAUGCUCAAGGUGCACGAAGUUUCAAAAGAUAUAGUGGAUUUACCACGAGUCAGAGUCGCCCUUAUAGACGAUGGCCUAGAUUACAGCGAUUUUGACGUAUAUCCACACACAGAAGUGCGAGGGUUUAGCUGCUAUCCACCCAUUGGGCAGACCGAACAUCCAUGGCAUACGUCGACCAACGGGCAUGGAACAGCAAUGGCCAAUAUGAUUCUCCGAAUAAACCCGUGGAUACGUCUCCUAGUCAUUCGAAUUCAUGACGGUGUCUCCUACGCAAAUCCAAGCUCACCUUCGCGGACCAUCCACCCCGACAGUGCUGCCCACGCUGUCGAGGUUGCCAUCAAGCACAACGUCGACGUGAUUUCCAUGUCGUGGACGUUGCGAAAACGGAUUUCGGAAUUUCGCAGCUCGGAUCCCGGGUCUUUGGGGAAGAAGUCAAUUGAUGAGCCCGGAAUCGAGCGACUAGAAAAAGCUAUCAAAGAAGCGGUGGAUAACAACAUUCUCAUGGUAUGCUCUGCGGCCGACGACAUAGAACUCCUCGGAAAGGACAAUUUACCCUUCUGCGCAGCGGAGCAUAAUAUCUUUCGCAUCGGCUCCUGCAACUCGCAAGCGCAGCGAGACCCCAUCACUGAGAACAGAGAAACCAUAUCCUAUUUCCUUCCCGGAAUCCAGGUCCCAGAAGCACGACGGCCACACUCUGUUAAACCAAUCGUAUAUCACGACGGGUCCUCAAUCGCCACUGCCCUGGCUGCAGGGUCAAUAUCCAUGAUCCUCCACUGUGCUCGUUACAUGGCUCAGUGUCGAGGAUGUCAAAAUUCUUCACAGGAUGGCUCGAAUGAGAGCGAGCUUUUCAAGCAGCGGGCAGAAAGGCUUCGGAUGCAUAAGAAUAUGCAGACUGCCUUGAAUAAUAUUGUCAGAUCACAUGGAUCUGAGGAGCCUGAAGACCCAAAACAGCUUCCUGUGUAUGGCCUUUUCGCGGAGACAGCCAACAAUUUAGAGAAUGCCAUCGGGUGGCAAAAGAUUGAGAGGUUGGGGGAACUAGUGAGGUAUCUUUGUCAUAAUGUUAAGGUGGACUAG